AUGACCUUACAGACGCUGGCCAUCGCCGUCAUAACGGUGGCAUACCUUGUGAUUCGAUACUUGAAUCGGACAGAUGUGCCGAAGAUCAAGGGCAUCCCCGAGAUUCCUGGUGUGCCUCUAUUUGGCAAUCUCCUGCAAUUAGGCGACCAACACGCCAGAGUCACCGCGAAAUGGGCGAAAAAGUUUGGUCCUGUCUUUCAGGUUCGCAUGGGCAACAAGAGAAUCGUUUUUGCCAACAGCUUUGACUCGGUCCGACAGCUCUGGAUUAAGGACCAGUCGGCUUUGAUUUCCCGCCCAACCUUUCACACUUUCCAUAGCGUGGUUUCCAGUUCCCAAGGAUUCACUAUUGGCACCUCUCCAUGGGACGAAUCUUGCAAGCGACGGCGCAAGGCCGCCGCAACGGCCCUCAACCGCCCAGCCACGCAGUCGUAUAUGCCCAUCAUUGACCUGGAGAGUAACUCGAGCAUCAAAGAGCUAUAUCGGGACAGCCAGGACGGUACAGUCGACAUAAACCCCACAGCGUACUUUCAGAGAUAUGCUCUCAACACCAGUCUCACGCUCAACUAUGGGUUUCGCAUCGAGGGAAAUGUGGAUGAUCAUCUUCUCAAGGAAAUUUGUGACGUCGAGCGAGGCGUAUCCAAUUUUCGGAGUACCUCCAACAACUGGCAAGACUACAUACCGCUCCUCCGCAUUCUCCCCAAGAUGAACAACGAGGCAGAGUCAUAUCGGCUGCGCCGUGACAAAUAUCUCACCUUCCUCCUGGACAUGCUGAAGGAUCAAAUUGCCAAGGGAACGGACAAGCCUUGCAUCACUGGCAAUAUUCUCAAGGACCCGGACGCCAAGUUGAAUGACGCUGAAAUCAAAUCGAUUUGCUUGACCAUGGUCUCCGCUGGACUAGAUACCGUUCCCGGCAAUCUAAUCAUGGGCAUCGCCUAUCUGGCGUCGGAAGAAGGCCAACGGGUUCAAGCAAAGGCAUUCGAGGAGAUUAUGAAAGUCUAUCCCGACGGGGACGCCUGGGAAAAAUGUCUGGUGGAAGAAAAAGUUCCCUACAUCACAGCCUUGGUCAAGGAAACCUUACGAUUCUGGACCGUGAUUCCGAUCUGCUUGCCACGUGAAAGCACGAAGGAUAUUGAGUGGAAUGGCGCAGUAAUUCCCGCUGGCACCACCUUCUUCAUGAACGCCUGGGCCGCGGACUACGACGCCGAUCACUUUGAUCAACCUGAAAAGUUCGUGCCCGAGCGCUAUCUGGACGUCGGCGAGGCCUCCGGUACGCCUCAUUAUGGUUAUGGCGCAGGAUCGCGUAUGUGUGCAGGAUCACACUUGGCAAAUCGUGAACUUUACACCGCGUUUCUACGCCUCAUCACUGCUUUUCGCAUGGUCCCUGCAAAGAUGACCGAAGACCGGCCCAUCUUGGACGCUUUGGAGUGUAACGCCAUCCCAACCGCAUUGACCACGGAGCCCAAGCCAUUUAAGGUGGGCUUCACCCCUCGGGAUCCCGUGAAGCUGAAGCAGUGGAUGAUGGAGAGUGACGAGAGGACCAAGGACCUGUGA